UCCAGGCCCCUGGAAGCCGAAGAAGUGUGAGGAGGUGAAGGCUCUGUGAGGCCACAGCCCGGUCUCUCUGAGGGUUGGCUGGAGCGGAGGAGCGGCGGGAGGAUGGAAGCCCGACGACUCUUCCUCAAUGAACGGCGGAAGGCCCCUCCUCACAGUGUCGCUGCUGGAGGCAGUAGCCAGUUUCUAUAGCGACGGCACUGAUCCGGGGCUCCUCGCGGUAGUAACAAAGCCUGAGUGAGCCCUGCGCUCUGCCCAACGCUCGCGCUUGCUGCUGCUGCUGCUCUUGCCGUGCAGGAGGCGGCGGCGGCGGCGGCGAGGAGGGAAGCAGCAAAGCGCCGUCUCCACAGGAAAAUCCCGCCUGCUGCCUGCAGCAGCAGCACCCAGACCAGGAGAAGAGACAACAUAUAAUUUGUGAGGAAGCAUAUGCUGAAAGGCAUCAAUCUUGUCUGUGAGGCAAUGAAAUCAAUAAAAUCCUGAAAAGCAGAUGGAUCUGAAGAAAAGGGCCUCUGAAGAAAAGAUUAACGUCAAAUUUGAGAAACUCCAUAUUUUAUUUUCCACAUGGACAUAUGAAAGACAUUGAAUCUGAAGGACAAAGUAGAAAGUGGUGCAGAAAAGCAGAAGAUGAAUGAAGACUAUCAGUGCUUUCCUCCUCUGACUGGUCUGAGUGUUGUAAUGAUCAGAAAGGAGCUCCAAAAUCUUUGUUAAAGGUUGUUAAAAGAUUGUCAGUCUUUGGCUGACAUCACCAGGAGCCUAAAGCACAUUCAGAAGACAUGACCAGUCUACUGCCAGAGGAUACGGUGGAGUCCCAGGGCUCAGAUGAGCUUGAAUGCAAAAUCUGUUACAACCGCUAUAACCUGAGACAGAGAAAACCUAAAGUUCUGGAAUGUUGCCACAGAGUAUGUGCCAAAUGCCUUUGCAAGAUCAUAGACUUUGGGGAUUCUCCUCAGGGAGUCAUUGUUUGUCCAUUCUGUAGGUUUGAGACAUGCCUGCCGGAUGAUGAGGUCAGCAGUCUUCCUGAUGACAACAACAUCCUUGUGAAUUUGGCUUAUGGAGGAAAAGGGAAGAAGUGCCUACCAGACAAUCCUACAGAACUGUUACUGACUCCCAAACGGCUGGCCUCUCUUGUUAGCCCUUCUCACACUUCCUCAAAUUGUCUGGUUAUAACCAUCAUGGAGGUGCAGAGAGAAAGCCCCCCAACCUUGAACUCAACCCCAGUUGUGGAAUUCUACAGGCCUACAAGCUUUGACUCUGUUGCAUCUGUGCCCCACAAUUGGACAGUGUGGAACUGUACAUCCUUGCUCUUCCAGACUUCAAUUCGAGUCCUAGUUUGGUUGCUAGGUUUGCUAUAUUUUAGUUCUUUGCCUUUAGGGAUCUACUUACUGGUAUCAAAGAAAGUCACCCUGGGGGUAGUUUUUGUCAGCCUUGUUCCCUCGAGUCUUGUUAUUCUCAUGGUUUAUGGCUUCUGCCAGUGUAUAUGCCAUGAAUUUCUGGACUGUAUGUCUUCUUAGCAGCUAUUGCAAUGGAAUAAGCAAUUAAAGAUGUGAAAUUGCCAUAGAUGUAGCAUAGUCAACUUAUACUUCUCUUUUGUAUUCUUAUUUAUUACUGUUAUCCAUCAAAGGAAUGUUGACCAGAGUUUUGUGAUCUCUCUCUUUUUUUUUAAAGAAUAAUUGAAUUGUUGUUUUCUUCUGCUGUAUCCUGUUCUACUAACAAAUUAGAAAUAUCUUUUUAAAAAGAUUAAGCAAUAGAAAGGGAAAGAGGCAAAAACAAUUGCCUAACUAGGUGCCUGAUCGUACACUGUAGUAACUUUUUAAUGUCCAAUAGAUUACACAUAUAACCAUACAUAAUUGGGCUUUCUGGAACAAUUUCGGAUGAAAUGCCUAUUAUGCUUUAAAUUGUCUCUUAUUUCCACUGAUGGGUUACACAGCUCUGGGAUUUAAUCAUCUGGGAACCUUUGCUGCAUAAACUCCACUGAAUUGUGGAGGAACAGACAUCUGAUAGGGUAAUUGAACAUUUUAUUGGGGUUGCACAGAUUUCCCAGUAGAUUGUGCCCUGGUCUUUAAAAUGCGCAAAGAAAACAGGUGCUUCCAUCAUAGCAUUUGAUAUGCUCGCAGUGAUGAGAAGAAAUGGCUAUGGAAAAAGGGUAAUAGUUCUUAAAAUUGAAAUUAAUUAAAUAGAUGGACAGUUGCUAAGGAGAACAUCAGCUAUCCAGAGGUGUGGACCACAACAAUGCAGGAGUGUAUCUUUGCCCACUGCUCUUCUCAAAUUUAUAUCUGUUGUUCAUUAAAAGUACUACAAAGCCUUACCUGCGAUAGAGAGAGCCUCUUUGCAUGCAGAAACAGGCUUCUUCAUAAAAAGCAGCUUCUUUUUGUGUGCAAGAAAAUCAAGCGGCAUCCAGAGGAAUCUGUUCUACAUGCAGCAGCCUGUUCGCAUACUUCCUUGUGCACAUACCUUGUGCAAGAGCUUAUGCAUCUAUGCACACAUUUUUCUUCCACUUGUGGCCCUCUGGGUUGCAGUGUUUAUAUUGUAAUCUUAAUACCUAAGCUGAAAACAAAGAAAAAUGAACAUAUAAAGGGUUGUUAUAAAGUGCUUUAGGGGGGUGAAAUCAUGCUUUCCCUAGAACAUAGAUUGGGGGCAGAAUACCACUAUGGCCACAUGAACUAAUUCAUUAGAACUUCUUUUUAUAUGGCCAUACAGUCAUCAUCAACAACGAUGUUAUUAGCUGACAUCCAUACUAGCACUGUGCUGGUACAACAAUGCUGACAUCCAGACUAAAGCUGCAUCAUUGGGUGAGGUGGGGAGGGCAAUUUUCAUCUAUCUGCCCCUCCCUGUGGAGCCCACUGUACCUCCUGAAAGCAUGUCCCUAAGGGUUGAACAGCCCUCGGGGACAUAUGUCCAGGAGGCACAGUGAGCUUCAGAGAGAGGGGUUGAUAGAUGAAAAUCUCCCUUCUCCCACUCGCAUGAUGACACAGCUUUAGUUGGAAUGUCAGCACUGCUACUACUGCAGUGCUAGUGUGGAUGUCAGCUACUUAUUAAUUAUUUAAUUAAUUAGACAUCAUUUAUUUAUUAUGCUUUUUAUCAAAAAGGUUCUCAAAGUGGUAUGCAGCAAAAGGAAUAAGAAAAUUGUUCCCUGCCCCAAAUUUUUUUGUUCAGAGACUCAACAAAGAGCAGAAAUUGAAGCAUGAAUCAAAACAGGGGCCCACCAAAUCUCACUAAAACAAUUCAAAACUCUAGUUUCAGUUUUGCAAAAUAGGAUCAAACUUCCUACAUCCAAGAUUGAAGAUAUGUUUAAGUGUAAAAUGAGAAAAUACAUUGAGUUAAUCUGCAUAAUUAUAUUUCCUCUUUCAUUUUAUUUUAAAUAAAUCAAAUGUUGAUUAAUGUUUAUAAGUCUCUGAGGACUUUAUAACAAGCAUAUAGUGUUGAGAAUAACAUGCAACCUAUCAAGGAGCAAGAAAAAAACAAGUACUGUGAAUAGUAUGUAUACAAACAGGAAAUAAUACGAUAUAUUCCUUUUUCACAAAAAGUCAUGUAAAAUUUAAAGUAUCUCAAUAUUAACAGACUAUUUACAUAACGCAGUCAAAGCUAUGCACUUCCAAGUGCCAUAGAUUUUCAGUGGGAGAGUCUGAGAGAGGGCUAGCAAGAGUUUAUGCUUCCAUUGAUACCAAUGGGACUUUAAAAUGCUUAACUUUGUCUAAAUUAUGCCCUAUUGGGUGGCGGUGGUGGUGAUUUUUUGUUUUUUCCUAUAUUUUACAAAGCAAAGUACUCAGAGUUCUAAAGAAAUAUAAAUUGUCCAUUACUAAUAACCAGCAUUUAAAAAUUAGCAUUUCUUAGAAUAUUACUGUUCCUUUAAAGUGCUUGUGGUAAAACAUGUGUAGUCAGAUGAACUGGCAUACCCAGUACCAGUAAACCACAAAGUGUAAUGAAUUCAUGACUCAGUCAGAUGUGAACAAGUCCAUCCAAGAAAAAAUGUUUUGUCGUGCCUGUAAUGUUUGUAUAGUCUCUGUGUAUAUGUGUAUAUGUUACAAGGAUUUAUAUAUUUGUAGGGAAUUCACAUUAAGUUUGUCCAAGUUGUACUGUUUCCUAAUAAACGGAUUCAUGAUGCAGGAUGAAAUGUA